CGCGAGACUGAAAAACAACUAUGAGAUUUCUUAAGAGGGUGAUCAGCUACGGAUAAUGACUCCUCGCGCGUCCCUGACGUUCGCUCUUUAUUCUGAUGGCAUCGGGCAAAACACUUGGAGCAGGCUACAAACUCGAUUUAAAAAUUCAAAGACACCAAAAGAUGAUCACAGCAGUAGGAAGAAUCUGCGAUUCCAUGAAAGUGCUACGAGGAACACUAAUAUCUGUCCUUUUCGAUUAAAAUGGUCCUUUGGCUUGAACUCUGAUCCGCCUCUGGUUAAUUUAACUACGGAGAAUCGAACACUGAUUGCUUAUGGAUCCUCGCACUCAGCUGUCCUGUACGAUUAUACCUCGAGGGACAUGAUGUUCCUACAGGGUCACAAAAAUACCGUACGCACUUUGUCUAGUAGCAAGAAUGGCAAGUGGUUACUCACUGCUGAUUUCGAUGAAGAUUGCGUAGUCGUCGUAUGGGACACAGAAAAAAGGCUUCCAAUUUGUACUUUGUUCAAUCCACAUGGGACGGAUAAUUUGACAGCUGCAAAAAUCAGCCCUAAUGCCAAGUACUUAGUGACAGUUGGCAAUGAAAUUUGCCAAAAGGUCAAGAUAUGGUUGUGGACUUAUGGAAGAGACACACCGGAUGGUGUGGCGGAAUUGACGGAUAUGAGUGCAGAUAGAGUGAAGGAAAUCACUUUUAGCAAUGAUUAUUCAGAACAAUUUAUCUUGACUAUGGAACAGCAUGUCGUUUUUGUCUUAUGGGAAAAUGACAAACUAGAAAUACAUCAACCGAAGCUUAUUGGAAAGAUACGUCGCUUAGGAAUUUUUAACGAUUCUUCUUACACGUCGAGAAGGACCGAAGCUUUCACUGCAACUAGCAAUGGAUUUGUCUUGGUUUGGAAUGGAAUACCUGUUGAUUGCGAACGUGACAGCAGCAGGCAGAAAAUGUGUUACAUGAAGAAGCAUAUUAAAUCGAUUCACCUACAAAAUAAAAACAUUACGCAAAUUUUAGAUCAUAAGGGUACUAUUGUGACUGGUAAUUCUUCUGGGCAUAUAUAUUUUUAUGAUUACCAAUUGAAGUUACUGUUUUGGUGUCGAAAUUUGGGACUGGAUUCAAUUCGGUCAAUCAGUUUCGACGUUUCAUCAAAAUUGCAAGGUCCAACGGUUGCUAUCAGCGAAUCGACUUUAACGCUAAGCAGUAGCGACGAGGAUGAGGAUGGAGCUGACGGAGAAGAAGUUGUGGAAGAUAAUAAGAAUGAGUACGUGGAACAGGAUGAGAAUGAUGAGCAGAUAAAACAGAAGACAGAAAGAAGUGUUGAUAGUGGGAUAAAAGAAUUAAUUGCAGACACAGUUAUUGAUGUAGACAUCAUACCUAAAGUAAUAAAUUUUGAGAAAUACACUUCGCACGACUUACAAGGGAUAGAUAAGAAUUUACCAAAAAAAUCAUCAGAUGCUACACUCAAUCGUGCACCUUUCAAAAUUGACAGCUUUUGUGUUUGUACUUCAGCCGGAAGAGUAGCUUGGAUAGAAUUUUCAAAAUUGAAAUGUCACUUCUUGUUACCGUCUAUAGAUUCUGUAGUAACAGCCUUAACUACUUCACCGUAUCGGGAAUAUUUUGUAACUGGGAGUGUAAAUGGUAGACUUAGCCUUUACAAUUAUUCAGUACACAGUUUGAUGGUGUCACGAAUGACACCUCCGAUUCCAUCCUUUUGUACAAUUCUGGAUCAGGAAAUUGAGAAUCAAAAUAUAGUCUACGUGACAUGUCCACAAACACACAAGAGUAUGACUGCUGUUACAUCUUUAAAGUAUACCACUAAAGGCGAUAUGUUAGUCUGCGGUAUGGAAAGUGGAGCACUGUGGAUGUUACAUCCUGACACAUUGGAUCCCUUAUCCGAAGUUCCAUAUAAGCACUCAUCGAGCUCUAUACUCAACAUAAUCUUUUCCAAGGACUCGGAAUUUAUGGCAUACACGGACAAUUCUCUGACAGUUGUUGUCUUCAAGAGAAAUAAACAUUCGAAUACUCCCAUUUGGUAUUUCUUGGGAAAAUCUCAUUCCCACUACAAACCUAUAAAAGACAUAAUGUUUAGUCCAUCAGCUGGUGAACACGUUGUGCCUAGAUUAUUUUCUUUAGGAGAGGAUCGAGAGCUGGUGGAGUAUGACCUGGAACACAGCGGACCAUAUCCAAAGCCUGGAUUGAAGAUUUUAGAAGUUAAUGCAAUUGAACAUACUGCUACUCCCUGUUGCUUGACUUCUUAUCCACACUUUGGCAUUGAGACUUUUUUACUCGUAGCUAACUCUGAGUACAAAUAUAGACUUUUGAACGACAUGACUAAAAUGAUUCGCAGGACCAUCCUAGGUCCAACAUUUGGAACUCCUAUUCAGAAACUGCAGGUUUUGCCUACGAGAAACUUUCACGAUCAAGCUUACAUGGUGUUUGCUACGGAAAAAGAAAUUGGAAUUCAACUGCUCCCAACAGAUGGGAAUCCUUUUAUGAAUAUUGGAAUGAUUGGUCAUCCAAAAAAAAUUAUACAUAUGUCAAUCAGUCAUUGUAACAAGUUCCUCUUCACCCUUGGUGCAAAUGACAGAUGCGUUCUCAUGUGGAAGAUCAACCUUAAAUCCGUGGACGUGAUGGCCAAAUUAGGUGGAAAGGGUCUUACGCCGUUUUAUUGUCUGGUGGAAGGUGGAAGCAAGGGGUGGCUGAUGAAUGAAAUACAGGAUUUAUUUUACUACGCUCAGAUAUUGCACCAGGGGGAAAAUACGACAGCAACCAGAAUUGUCUCAGACAGAGUUUCCACUAAGCAGCUUCCUAAUCUGAUGCGCGCCAUUGGAUUUUAUCCUAGCAAUUACGAGCUGGAGAAUAUGAUGAGUGAAAUCGCGUACAAGAAUUACGCUGAGACAGGACAGCAGGUUGAAGAAAUAACAUUUAAGGAAUUGGUUAAACUCUACGUUAACCACCGUCCAGUCCGUGGAAUUUCUCUUCGCCAAUUCAAAGAAGCUUUUCUUGUUUUUGCGGAUCCAAAAAACAAUCAAAAUCCUACGCUUACGAAACAAGAAUUUUUGCAGAUUUUAUUUGGAAAGGGAAAAAGGCGUUUUUUGGAAAAAAUUCAACAAGAUUUCAGCUACGGAGAGCCAUUAUCUACUCAAAAAGCUUAUGAGUAUUUGAAACUUCUUAUACCUCAUGACGAAGUUGAGGAUCAUGAUACAAAAUCAGAUUUGGAUGAAGAAUUUAAUUUUCUUCCUACGGAUGUCUCUUACAAAAACUUUGUUACGAAUAUCAUGGGGAUUGAAUUGCCCCUUGAAUCAAGAGCAAUGGAUAAUAUCCUGGGAAAUUGAAGCUACCAUCGUUCUAUUCCUUUUUCCCUCGACUAUACAAGAUAAUCUGACAGUCUUGGAAAUUACUCGUUUUAU